AUGUUUGUAUGUUCAUGUAAUGAUCGGAAUCGUGAACAAAUUCAUCUUCAGAGAAGACAGGUAAAUAUAUCAACUCUGCUCGUUUUUUCAAGCCUAACUCAUAUUUUUCAGGCUCUCCGAAAUCGCCAAAGAGACGCUGCAAUAAGUGGAAAAAGUAUUCGUAGUGUUAUCGAAACUGAAGUCGAAGAUAAUCCAACAACUUGUCCACAUUUAACAUGUGUUCGAAUGACUCCUCGACUCAAAAAUCCCGAAACUGCCGAUGUUUAUCAUCGUUUAUCACAAGGUGAUGAAAGUAUCAAACGUAUUGACAAAGAAAAACCACCGCCAGCAAUUGAAAUAGCCACUGAAACUAAUCAUUCUUCUGAAGUUUCGAGUGAAUAA